AAGCAAACAUUCAAAUUUUUUGCACAGAAAUCGAAAAUUUUAAAAGUUUAAAAAACAACCACAGUUAAUUUCGCUAAAAACAAUUAUUUUUAACAUUUUGGCCAAUUUUACCUAAAUAAUAAAAUGCAAAAACUGAAAAUUCAAAAACGAAAUUUUAAUGAAAAAUUCAAAUUUCUGUAUAAGCAUACGCUUAAAUGCAUGUAGACUCCUCUCCUAUUUGUACACAUUUCUUUGUAGACACAUACACUUUAAAUAUAAAUACAAGAAUAAACACAUACGUAUGCAUAUACAAGCACACAACUGCCUGUGUAAGGCUUUGAAAACUAUUUUUCUAGUUUUCCAAGUUUGUCGUUUGGCACAUUAAACGCGUUGCUUCACCGUAAAUAUAGCUACACUUAUACGCUACAUACCAUACAUACACACGCACUGCGAUACAUACAAAAAGGAUCAACAGUCGGUUUCUUAACUUUUGCCAACUGUGCUCAUGUUGGAAAAUCGAAUUGAAAUCAACGAAAAUCGGAGAUACAGCCGUCGCAUGAAGGCAGCAAUUCCCAGAAAUAGCUGCAAUUGUUUUCGAAAUAUUCUAGUACCUGAUAGCUGCUUACAUGCAUACACAAACGGGCAAUUUUCCUGCUACAUAUGCAUGUGAAUGUGUGUAUAUGUGUCGCCUGUGCUUGAAAACAACAAAUUUGAAGGCGAAAUGUUGCUUGCAAAGGCUUAUUUGUGCAUUUGGAAAAUGCGCAGACAUAUGUAUGUAUAUGUGUAUAUGUAUGUAUGUGGGUGCAUAGCUGCCCUGCAGUUUCAAAAAUAUGCCUCACUUUGGCGAUCCUGCCGCACGAACACUUGCAACAGGCUUGCAAAGCGUUUUUCCUGCUUGCAUUUCUAUUUAUCUAAACAUAUACAUGUGUGUUUGUAUGUAUAUAUAUAGUAGAUGCAGGGUAUAUGUAUAUGGCGCAUGCUCAAACUUUCUCUCUUUCUCUUAUGCUGGUGUCAAGGAUAACUUCAGACCUAGAUUUGCCUUUGUGUAUAUAUGGCGAAAUGUAUGUAUGCAUGUUUACAUACAAUAUGUAUAUGGUAUGUAGGUAUUUGCGAUAAGGUCAGGCGCAACAACAAUAAUACGGCAGCUGUAUGCAGCGGUGCAACAGUGUGUGGACACCGCCUGCGCAUAUACAGACAGAUUUGCUAUGCAGUUAGCUAGAUAUAUAUGUAUGUAUAUAUGUGUGUGUGUUUGUGUGAUCUUCGCUGUGUUGUGUGUAUCCUCUUCGCAGGAUUGAAAAUAGCUUCUGUGAUCGAGGCAUUACUAUUUUGCCUCUGACCUUUUUCUAGGCACAUGUUUGUGUAUGUGUGUGUGUGUGUUUACUUUCGAAAUGCAUACAUGCAGGCUUUUGUAUGCACACAGCGCCGCACAUGCAUGAGUACAUACAUAUAUGCAGAUAUACUUAUGGGUACAUGCCUGUGAUUCUACGAAAAUCGAAAUAACGCUUAGAAAAUUAAGUUAAAUCUUUUUUUCGUAAGCGCAGUGCUGAAACACGAGUGGUGCUGUAGCGACGCUUCUUGAGGUUUUGUGUGUAGCUGUGUGUCGUAUGGAAAAUAAUUGAAUUUAACUAAAGCUUCUAGAGCUUUAAAAGUAUAAUUCAUAAAUUAUUUGGUUAAAAUAAAAUUAAAAAAAAGAAUUCUUUUCGUGUUAAGUGCUUAUAAAACCAAGACUAUGUUUAAGACAAUAAUACAACAUUUUUUGGCAUUAAAAAAUAUUGUUUAGUUUUUUUUUAUUAAAAUAAAUUUUAAAUUAAUUUAUUACAGUGCUUCCGUAUAAUUAUUGCAAAAUGCAAACCAAAUUUGUGAAAACAUUUAAGAAAUGCAAAUAAAAUACUGCACAGUGUCUGGUUGCGAGCUACAAGUGCAAAAAUAAUUUUGAAAGUGCAGUGAUUUAUAAAAAAAAAUAGUAAAUAAACUAUUUACGAAAACAGUUUUGUGCAUGUGAAGCUAAGACAAAUACUUAAAUGGUCCUAAAGCACAUGCUUUCAGUCAAGAAACAUUUUUUUAAAUAAAAUUUAAUAUAAAUUUUAAUAUUAAAAAUAUUUAAAAAAAAAAAUUUUAAAUUAUAUAAAAUAUUAUUAUUCAUGCAACACAAUUUUGUCAACAUCAACAUUUUUAACUCAAUCAAAUUUAAUUAAAUUGCAAUAAUUGCUUAAUUAAGCAAAAUCUGUAAAGGAAAUACAUUUUCAAACUAAGUACUCACAGCAACACACCGAGCGUCAAGCAGCAAUCCUGUGUUUCAGCACUGCCUUCGUGCCAUACACAUAGAUACAUAAACACAUUUGUACCAAUAUCUAUGCACGCGCACACAUACACAUGUUAUAACACCGUUCUAAUCUAUUCUCUUCUCUAUCUUUCUAUUUUUCUAGGUCAAGAUUAAGCGUUACGUGCCAACGAAAGUGACAAUAUUGUAAAACCGGUUUCAGUACCUUAGCCAUAAACUAAUCUAUUUUCUCUUUUGUUUUUCUUUUACGCAGGAAAUUUCGAAAAUCAGGAUAAAGCAACAUGCUCAAGCUCUACAAAAAAUCACAUAUUUAUAUACUAUAUAUAUACAUAUAUAUGUAUAUCAAAUAACUAACUGCGUUUGAACUACCUGCAGGCGAUAAUUCACUCAUUUUAGCCGAAAACCAUCGCAGCUGCACAAGGAGAACACCUCGCCUCAAGGUGUCUUAAUACAGAAGUCAUGUCAACGUUCCAUACUCAACACACACGGCGCCAAGCGGCUCAAUGUGCGCAAUGCCAGCGCCAGCGAUGACAUGUCGCCAGAAGCUGCGGCUGGGCUCGUUCCCGAAAUGUCACCGCAAACACAAGCCGAAAGAGUAAUUGUGCCACCGAAUAUGAGUCGGAAAAAUAUGUCUAUGACGGAUGUCUCAGAUAUUCUCAUUAAUCUGUACAAAACAAAUGUAGCUAAUGCACCAAAGAACCAACAGACUAUAGCGGCCAAGUUCAGACAAACUUCGCCGACUUCGGCUGAGGGUCACGAGCCAUCGAGCAUAGCGGCUAUUGCUACCAAAGGCGCCGCCGCUGCAGUGAAUGAGCCAAAAAACUUGCAAAAUGAUGAAAUGGUGUUCGCAGCGAACGAAGAACAACAACAGCAAAACCCGCCCGUUACGUCAGAGAAUAGCGGAACCGCUGCGCAUGCAUCAUUUCAUCAAGCCACUGAGAAUGCGAACAUAAUGAAAACUGCAAACGCAAAUGCCGAUAAUAAUUUGUAUGGUUUUGCUGUCGGCGCAUUGCCACCGAUUAAUGCCAUACCGACAUCGGUAGUGGUGACAGCGAAUGGUGAACCGCUCGAUAUAAAACCCGUUAUAAAUCCAACAACUGGACAGGUGAUGCCUAUGCUGCCUAAUGUCGUCGGCUCCUCGGUGAUUAAGCCGGUGCCAACAUUGACCGAUGCUCAAAUCCCGUCUUUGGCACCCUUGAGUAGUGCCUUGGAGCGUGCCAAUGCACUGAACAGUCAAAAUAAUGGCUCACCAGCUGGUGUAAUGCCCGCCGGUUGUGAUGUCUUGCCACCGGCGGCCGUGCUUGCCGCGGCACUCCUACGUGAUGGCUACAACAACUUCCAACAACAAUUGCGCACACAAGAAUUGCUGAAGAUGAAUGGACAGGCCGAUGCGAAUAACGGUACUGUUGGUGAUACGAGUGCCGUAAAUACUUUUUCAUCGAAAAUAUUGGAGAAUUUUUUACGUCAACGUCGUCUCAAAUCGGAAAGUGCAGCCGAGAAUACUGCAAACGAAAUGGACGCCGCCGAUGGCGAUGACGAAGAUGAUUCGCGCUAUAACGGUUUCGAUGACAUACACUUGGUUGAGGGUUCCAAACCUACUUAUAAUAAUUCUUCCAUGCCCGGUCUCUACCAAGCGGGCGCCGCUUCUUCGUCCUCACCACAUUUAACAGCCUCAAAUACCGAUUAUAUGUCUGACGAUUCGCAAAAGUUCAUGUUCGGCGCACAUUCGCAGGCAUUCCGCCAUCUAGAGUACACGCUCGGUGUUGAAAACGGUCCGUUCGGCAUGGGGAGUGGCCAAGAGAGCGGCAAUAACGAAAACAGCAAUGAGGGCCCCGAACCCAUUUACGAGUGUCGUCAUUGUGGCAAAAAGUACCGUUGGAAGUCGACUUUGCGGCGCCACGAGAAUGUCGAGUGCGGCGGCAAGGAACCCUCGCAUCAAUGCCCCUACUGUCCGUACAAGUCGAAGCAGCGCGGCAAUCUCGGUGUACACGUGCGCAAACACCACUCGGAUCUGCCGCAAUUGGCCAGUAAACGGCGCUCGAAAUACUCAAAUAAAUUGGACAGUAGCAAUAUUAGCGCAAAUGCGUCAGAUGACUCGUCGAGCAAAUUGAUCAUAGAUUGCUCGAAAUAAUAGUAUAACAGUUAAAACGAAAGCAAAGUGACUGCGUGCGUUCCGUGUGAAACUUUAAAAUAUUUCAAAAACAAUUAAGAGUUAACGGUACUUUAAAUACCGUGUAGCAGUUUGACAACAGCGGCCACGUAAUUAGAAACACACUUACUCACAUAUAAGCGCAGUUGCAUACUUGAUGCAUUUUCAUGCAUCAAAAAUGUAUAUGUUAUUCGUCGUUUUACAUACAUACAUACAUAUAGACUUACAUGCAGAUAUAUCUAAAUAUUUGUUUUUGUAAUUUAAUGAAAGUUUAAGACUGUUUACAAUAAGUUUAACCAAUAACUGAACUGAUAUUAUAUGCUUACUGACAUACAAACAUACAUAUUUUUUAUUAUACUAAGUUAAUUACAUACAUACAAACAUUAUCUUAUAUAUUUUCAUGGAUUUUUACUUAUUACUUUACAUUUUAUGUUUAAAGUCAGUCAGAGAAGUUGCAAUAAACUCACUCUUUGCUUUAUUUUGACUGCAACUACAUGCAUGCUUACACACAUAUACUUACAUGUGUGCAUAUUAUGUAAGUGUCGUCAACUAUGUGCCUUAAGUAUAAGUAUUUACGUCCAUAUCAAAAUAGUAAGUGUUCAAAUCUUUACUUUUCGCAACGUUUCUUAAGAUUUUAUUACGCUUACCAAUAUGCAAGGCAUUUUCAAACCUAUUUUAUAACUGUAACUUCAUUUAUAACUUUUAAAAAUUUUAAAUACAAUAGCUGACUUGAGAAUCAUAAAUGGAACGUGAAACUAUAGAAAUAUUUCUCAGACCAAAAUCCCUAAAAACAAAGGUUUAGCCAUAAAUAUCGAAAAUUAUAAAAAGAAGGAGAAAAAAACUUAUUUUCAAGUGCUUAGAACAUAAAUAACAUAAUAUUAAUUUUAGUAACCGAAAACUUACUUUAAAAUGCACGCUUUAGAAUAGAAAAUUCGAAUUUGGCUGUCUUGUCUAAAUUAAACGCGAAUUAAUAGCAUCUUAGACAUAUGCAUGAAGACUAUGCUGUUGUUGUAUGUUAGUAAUAUAAAGUGAAUCCGAGCCUGGUAAGAAAAGUUCGAAUUUGAAUCCGUUGUAGCAGUCACAACCAGGCAGCUGCCGAAUCGCCAUUUUUUGAACAAAUGUUGCACAAAAAUCGACUAAUUUUUGCAGUAAAAAUUAACAAAUAAAUCAUUUUAAAAAAUAAAAAAAUUACAAAAAUUAAAAAUAAAGUAAAUAGUUACUAUAAUAUUAAUUGAUUAUUUCUCAUUUAAAAAAUAAUAAUUAUUAUAAAAAAUAACAAUAAAUAAUAAUAAUAAUAUCAAUACUAAUAAUAUAUUAUCUAGAACCGAUUAAUUUUUUCCACUUAAAAAUUUAAAAAAAAAUAAAAAAUAAAAAAUUAUAAAAAUUAACCAUAAUGAAAAAAUAUAAUAACAAUAAAAAUAUUUAAAAAAAAUAAAAAUAUUAAUGAUAAUUAUUUCACUUAAAAAUUAAAAAAAUAAUAACAUUAUAAAAUUAACAAUAAUAAUGAAAAUGAUAAAAAGUAACAAUAAUAAAAACAACAACAAAAAUUGUUUCCUUGAUAACUGAUGUAAUUUUUUCACCUUAAACGAAAAAAAAAUUUAUGUUAAAAAAUAAUAACUAUAAUCAAAAUAAAGUAAUAAAAAGUGUAAGUGUAAUAAAAAUAACAACAACAACAAUUUUUUCAUUGAUAAUCGAUCUAAAAAACGAAAAAAAAAUCAUAAAAAAUAACAACAAUAAUAAAAUAAUAAAAAAGCUAAUAAUAAUAAAAGCAACAACAACAAAAAUUGUUUCAUUUUAAAGACAUUAUUACCAGCAUAUAAAAAUUUUUAAAUGAAUUUAAUGAUUGUUAACAUAUUCAAACUUAAAUAUAUUUCUUAUUUUUUAUAUCUUCUAGUUGCCACCUAAAUAACCUAAAAAGUAAUGCAUUCGAAACCAAAGCCCAUCACUUACAUUAUAUGAGAUUUUUUUAUAGAUAUAAUGAUAUAUAAUUAAAAUAAAGACUUGAAAAAAAAACAUUUUUAGGUUAAGUAGACUGUUGCAAGCGCAAGUAUUAUACUCAUUGAAACAUAUAUUUUGAAAUAGUGCUUCACCAUAAAUAAAUACCUUGUCGAUUAAGCUCUCAACGACUAUAAAUUUAUAAGCAUACAUUCAAAAUUAUAUAUAACACAUAUAGAUAUUGCAAAUCUAAGCACUAUAUAUGAUAUAACCACUAUCAUUUAACCUUAAGUGAUCUCUAUGUAAAAAUGUUGACUGAAUUUUAUUAUUUAUUAACAAGCAAGACUGAACAGCCUCUUUAUGGCGCAAAAAAGUUUCCAUUUAUACAUACAUACAUACAUAUGCACAAAUGGACAUACCAAGAUGAGUAUAUCUACAAAAAA